CCGAUUCCUGUUUUCACUCACACUCCCUCUCCUCUUUUUUUCUUUUCUCCUCUCUUGUUCCGUUUCCCGGUUUGCUUCUAUUGAGAUCUAUACUUUUCAUAACUCUAAUCUAGAGUUCCAUUCGUUAUUAUUGUUAUUUUGGUUUGAGGAUCAGAUUAUAUUUUCAGCUUCUGUCGUCUUGGCUCGAGAUCCGGGCCAAGGCCUUAAAAGAAGCAUUUCUUCACUACUAUUAAGCGAUUACGAAUAGAGAUUUUGAUUGAUAUUUUGUGAUGGCGAAUUCGAAUGAGGGAUUUCUUACGGAAGGACAGCGGGAAUUGUUGAAAAUUGCAACAGAAAAUGCUGAAAUUUUGUCAUCUUCACCGAAAUCACCAACGAGUUUGUUAUCUGAUAAUUCUUAUAUUAAAGUAUCUACCGGUGCUAAAGCUCCAACUGUUGGAUUUGCUUCUAGACAUGUUCGUCGUUCGCAUUCUGGAAAGUUGGGGCGUGCUAAGAAGGAGGGUGGUGGUGGUAAAGGCACUUGGGGAAAGCUACUUGAUACUGAUGGUGAGUCGCAUCUCGAUAGGAAUGACCCGAACUAUGACAGUGGCGAGGAACCAUAUCAGCUUGUCGGGUCUGCCAUUUCAGAUCCCUUGGAUGAUUACAAGAAAGCUGUUGCUGGCCUUAUAGAUGAAUACUUCAGCACUGGUGAUGUACAAGUGGCAGCCACUGACCUGAAAGACCUUGGCACAAGCGAAUAUCACCCAUACUUUGUUAAGAGAUUGGUAUCCAUGGCCAUGGACAGACACGACAAGGAAAAGGAGAUGGCUUCAGUUUUGCUGUCAGCUCUCUACGCAGAUGUAAUCAGCUCAGUGCAUAUCAGUCAAGGAUUUGUUCUGCUUCUUGAGGCUGCUGAUGACUUGGUGGUAGACAUAUUAGAUGCAGUUGAUGUCCUUGCUCUUUUUGUUGCCCGAGCAGUGGUAGAUGACAUCCUUCCUCCAGCCUUCCUUAGCAGAGCCAAGAAGGUUCUCCCAGAAUCCUCCAAAGGGGUCCAAGUUAUUCAGACUGCUGAAAAGAGCUACCUUUCAGCUCCUCAUCAUGCAGAAUUUGUGGAGAAACGCUGGGGCGGGAGCACCCAUGUAACUGUAGAGGAGGUGAAGAAAAAAAUAUCAGUUUUGCUCAGGGAAUAUAUUGGAAGUGGGGAUACAGAAGAGGCUUGUAGGUGCAUUAGGGACUUAGGAGUCCCAUUCUUCCAUCACGAGGUUGUGAAGAGAGCCUUAACACUUGCCAUGGAAAUCCAAACAGGUGAACCACGAAUUAUGAACCUUCUGAAGGAAGCAGCAGAGGAAGGGCUUGUAAGUUCCAGUCAGAUGGUGAAAGGGUUUGGUCGACUUAGUGAGGCCCUUGAUGAUCUUUCUCUUGACAUCCCAUCUGCCAAAGUCUUGUUCUUCGAGUCUCUGGUCCCAAAGGCAAUCUCUGGGGUCUGGUUGGAUUCUUCUUUCCUCAAAUCCUCCGGUGAAAAUGGGGACGCCAAAGGUGAAGAUACUGAAAAGGUGAGGCAUUUCAAGGAGGAGGCUGUAACUAUCAUUCAUGAGUAUUUUCACUCAGAUGACAUACCAGAACUCAUUCAUAGCCUUGAAGAGCUUGCAGCUCCAGAAUUUUAUCCAGUUUUUCUCAAGAAGUUAAUAACUCUUGCGAUGGACAGGAAGAACAGAGAGAAGGAGAUGGCAUCUGUCCUGCUUUCUGCUCUUCAUACUGAGAUCUUCUCAAGUGAAGACAUCGUGAGUGGGUUUGUUUUGCUGCUUGAAACCGCAGAAGAUACUGCUCUUGAUAUAUUAGAUGCGUCAAAUGAGCUUGCUCUCUUUCUGGCUAGGGCAGUCAUUGAUGAUAUCUUGGUUCCAUUGAAUUUAGAGGAGAUAACCAGCAAGCUGCCACCCAACUGCAGCGGGGCAGAGACUGUGCACAUGGCUCGUUCACUCAUAGGUGCACGCCAUGCAGGUGAGAGGCUCCUAAGGUGCUGGGGUGGUGGCACUGGCUGGGCUGUGGAGGAUGCUAAGGACAAAAUAACAAAACUUCUAGAGGAGUAUGAGAGUGGGGGUGUUGUGGCAGAAGCUUGCCAGUGCAUCCGUGACCUUGGGAUGCCCUUCUUUAACCACGAAGUUGUGAAGAAGGCACUGGUAAUGGCGAUGGAGAAGAAGAAUGACAGGAUGCUUAAUCUGCUGCAGGAGUGCUCUGGCGAAGGACUGAUCACCACCAACCAAAUGACCAAAGGAUUCACCAGGAUUAGGGAUGCACUAGAUGACCUCGCUCUAGACAUACCCAAUGCAGAAGAGAAGUUUGGGUUCUAUGUAGAGCAUGCAAAGAAAAACGGAUGGUUGCUGCCAUCCUUCACAGCAUAUGCUUCCCCUGAUAUGGUGGCGGCUUAAGGAACACUUCCUCGCUUUUUAAAGUGUAUGUUGUUUCUUUCCUUGCCGAAUCAGUCCUUUGUAUCCCUGGUACAAUUUGUAUGCUUUGAAAAGUAACGUUGUAGGGCUGGAAUAUUAGAAUUCGGCCAGAGGUUUCUUCAGGUUAUGAGUUGUUUGUUUUCAUAGGAAUGAGUAUGUUAAUUAAACCCUAGCUCCUGUACAGAGGGUUGGUCUUAUGACAUUUUCCAUUUUACUUGGUUAUGAGCUCUCCUGGCAUUAUGGGUUCGCUGGUUUCUUUUGUGAUGAUUGAUCAUGUUCAUGUGCUUGCUUUCAGAAAUUUUAAGGAAGUUCUUACAUUUUCUUUU